UUUCAAACCUGCUGGCAGCGCCGCUCCUUUGCCGAUAGAACUAUCGAUAGUCGCCGCUUGUCAGUUUUGACAGCUGUUUUAAGGUUAUACUGCUGCCACUGCAAUCGCUCCACCAAUUUGGUUCCCGGUCGGACAAUUACAUAACUCGAAGAAGAAACCAUGUCGCAGGCUCCCGUUCGCGUUUCCCCUUUGAUCAAGUUCGGCAGAUGGUCCUUGCUGCUGGUGGGCAUUGCCUAUGGUGCCGCCCACCAGAGCCGCCUGUCCAAAAAGGAGGAGAAGGUCCGUGAGAUCGAGGCGCAACAGAAGGCCGUUCGGGAUGCGAAACUCGCCGAGGAGAAGAAGCGCAGCGCCGAGGCUGAAGCCCGUGCUCUGGCCGAGCUCUCAAAGCCCACUCCCAAGAACUAGGACUCUGGAUGGCAGAUCCCUAGUUCCCUUAGCUUAAAACCUAACAAAAACCACAACAUUUACACACGAAAUUCGCCUGGGAGCAGCAGAAGGAGCAUCGAUGGUGGAGCCUCCAUCUAUCGAUCACCGACUAUCGAUCGUUCUUGUGUUUUUCUCUGAUGUUUGUGCAAAACAGAAUGUUCGAAAUUAAAUGAUUGAAACAAAACCAUUAUGUAAA